AUGGGCAAAACCUUCCAAGCGCGCCGCUUAACUCGGCAUUACUCAGCCUACUCGGUCGAUCCGCUCUUCCCUCCCGUCGCCAUCCGCUCCCUCCUCAAAUCGUGCGUGAGCGAAGCGUACCAAUUCGAAGAGAAAGACUUCCAACUCGCGCUGCGCAUUCAAAGCGAUCUCAACAAUCUCCGCGGGAAUCCCCACGUCGUGAAACUCCUCCACCUGUUCGAGACGCCGAUGGAGAUCCUGAGCAUCACGGAAGUCGUGAACGGGACCAUCGAAGAGUAUCAAGGCUGGAUCGCGUCCACGUGUCUCGUUCAAAACAUUUUUAAACAGAUCGUCGCGGGGUACGCCAAUCUUCGCGCCGUGGGCUUUUACCACUGCAAUCUAUCCGCAAAAACAGUGUUCCUCCAGCUGAAACCCUCCGAGGAGAAUCCGGGAAUUCCAGAAAUCCUCGCGAAAAUCGCGGGAUUCGAACAAGCGGUGGCGGUUUCCAGCGACGGGGGUUUCGUUGUGGGGGAGUCACGUGUGUGCGGAGAAUGUUCGUAUGCGGCUCCAGAAUGUUUCGGAGAUGGUUUCCGCGCGGAUCAAGCGGAUGUGUGGAGUCUGGGAGUGAUUUUGUUCUUUUUGCUGACGGGCGAAGUGCCGUUUAACAUCGCGAAUGAGAGCGAUGAGCUGUUCUGGAUGUUUAAGCGGAACGGAUUCGACGCGAUCGCGGAGGAAUUGGAGGAAGUGCACGCCAAUCCGCAGGCGGUGGAGCUGCUGCGACGCGUUUUUGUGGUGGAUCCGAUGGAGCGAAUCACGUUCGAAGAGCUGCGGAACUGCGUGUAUGUACUCUAA